AAAAGUACACGAAAAUCAAAAUCCUUUUCUGUGAUAGAGUAUAAGCGACAUAGACUUUGCGUUUGUUUUAUCUCUCAAUCCGUCUUUGAUUUGACGACCAUGAAACCAAACAAAACAGCAUAUAAAAUAAAAUCCUCCGUUAAUACACAGUCCUCCACCACUCAAUCAUCAUAACUCUCUCUGUACCAAUUCCUAGAAAACCUAUCCAUCAACCUCGAUCCACACAAAUAAAAAGAAACCCAGGAUUUUAUUCUUUCAUAUCACAAUUCAUAGUAUUAUAAUUUUUCCGCAGUUGAAGUGUUUGUUUAAUUGACUCACUGAAUAUAAACACAAGAUUUUCUCAAUUUUUUUAACAAGUUGUUUUAAAGAUGAUGAAUGAAUCACAAGAUCAACAACAAUCAAGGGUUUUUUCUGAACUAUCAUCUCUUAUUCAUGGUAUUCUUAAAUACCCCUCUUCUUGUAACUCUUCUUCUUCCUCAGGUUCUAUGGUUGUUGAACCAAUUCAAUCUAAUAGACAAGUAUCAGCAGCUGGAUUUGCUUCAUUGUUAUUAGGGGUAUCAUUAGCUUUGAUGUUAUGUGGAUCUGUUACUUUUGUGAUUGGAUUCAUAUUGAUGCCAUGGGUUCUUGGAAUUGUCUUGGUAUUUUACCUGGUUGGUGUUGUUUCUGCUCUAUCAAGUUUCGGUCGGGCUUUUCUUUACCCUCCUCCACCACCCAAACAGAUUCCUGAAUGGAAUAUAUGGUAAAGCCGAAUUACACAUUUGUCUGAGAACUCGUGAAAUGAAGGCUGGUAUACUCUCACUAAGGGCCAUCUAUGUAAAGGGACAAAAUUGCAGGGCUUUAUUAUUCUUAGGCAAGUCAAAGAGGUUCAUUCAAUUAUAUCUGCAAGAAAAGGUCGGUUUACACUUUUUACCACGGUUCAUGAGCAUUUUACUCCAUACUUUUCCACUAUUAAAGCAUGAAAUGAGCUUUAUGCUGGUUAAUAUUCACACUCUUGUAGAUAUAUGAUUGUUGUUGUUGUCGUGAUAAUGAAAAGUGAAAUUCUUACUGAUAAAAAGAGAGAAGCACAGAUUCCGCGUUGGGAACUAAUGUUGUUAAAUUAUAUCUGCACAAAGGCGAUUGUACUUCAGUUUCAUGCUUUACUGCAAAGAAAUAAAAGUGUUAUUUUUUUCUUCAGUUUUCGGUUCUCUUGUUUCCUUUGUGUGUUCAGUUUCAAGUCUUAUGCUGCAAAUAUGUUGCUAAACUGCAAAUAUUGUAUUCAUACGAUCAAACUUUUCUGAACUCUAGACAUGAUCAUCGUAAAUGUAACAAAAAGCCUAUGAAUCUAUGAUGUAGUACAGGAAGAAAAUGAAAAAGAUUCGAUUGAAAGGUUAA